AGACGGGGAAGGGCAGCUCCUAGGCAGGGCACGGGGGUGAAUUGCGGGGAAGGGCUGAGCGCAUCGCCCGGGGCUCUCUGGCCCCAGCCCGCGGGGCAGCCCCGCGCUCCCCCCAUGGACGCUGCCAGCGGAGGCGGCUCCGGCCGCCGGGCCUGGCGGGGAGGCAUCUGGCAGCCCCGGCCCGCUGCCGUCCCCUCCGGGCGGAGCCUGCCUCCCCUCCGCCUCCUGCCUCUGCGGGCGGCGCGCCGCGCUCCGCCGGCCCCAGCCAUGGCCGACAGCCCGGGCCCCGCUGGCGGCGGGCGGGCGCGCUGCCCGGGCCGCCCCACGGUGGAGCCGGUUCUCUUCCUGGGCACCGUGGCGCUGGGCCUGCAGGCCCCGCUCUGCACCCAGUACCUGUGGGACCGGCUCGGGGCCGAGCUCGGCUACAACGGCUCCGCGGCGAGCGGCUCGGCCGGCUGCGGCAACGCGAGCGGCGCGGGGGACCCCCGGCAGCAGGAAGUGGAGACCUUGGCCUCCCACUGGAACCUCUACAUCAACCUGGCAGGCUUCUCUGUGGGUCUCUUCUCGGUGACUCUCUUUGGGCCAUGGAGCGACAGCGUGGGUCGGCGUCCAGCGCUCAUCCUGCCUGCCCUGGGCAUGGCCUUGCAAGCUGCCAUCUAUCUUCUUGUCAUGUACCUCAGGCUACAUGUCGGCUACUUCCUGCUUGGGCGCAUCCUGUGCGGCCUCUUGGGGGACUACAACCUGAUCCUGGCCAGCUGCUUUGCCUACGUGGCUGACAUCAGCGACCAGCCUUCCCGUACGUUCCGCGUGGCCAUCCUGGAGGCAUGCCUUGGCCUGGCAGGCAUGCUGGCCAGCAUCAUCGGAGGGCAGUGGCGCAAAGCUCAGGGCUACAUCAAUCCCUUCUGGCUCGUGUUUGCUGUCAGCCUUGCCACUGCCCUCUAUGCUGCUCUUUGCCUCCAGGAAUCGGUGAAGGAGAGGAAACCGGCCAAGCUGUUCACCCUCAGUCACUAUGUGUCGGUGUACAGGCUGUUUGCAGCCCCAGGGUCCCAGAGAUCCAGGCAGAAGCUCGCUCUCUACUCUCUGACGUUCUUUCUCAUUGUCACCAUCCACUUUGGAGCCAAGGACGUCUUUGUCCUAUACGAACUCAGCUCCCCUCUCUGCUGGGGCUCUGAUCUGAUUGGCUAUGGCUCAGCGGCUAGUUACCUGACUUACCUGAGCAGCCUGGCAGGGCUGCGGGCACUGCAGCUGUGCCUUGAAGACACCUGGGUAGCCGAGUUAGGAUUGCUCUCCAACAUCGCGGGCCUGGUGGUGAUUUCACUUGCUUCUACAACACCACUGAUGUUCACAGGUUAUGGCAUCCUGUUUCUUUCAAUGGCAGCCACUCCAGUGAUCCGCGCAAAGCUGUCCAAACUGGUGGAUGUGAAAGAUCAGGGUGCUCUUUUUGCCUCUGUUGCCUGCGUGGAAGGUCUCUGCUCGCUUGUGGCCACAGGAGUGUUCAACGCGCUCUACCCUGCGAGCCUGCCUUUCCUGAAGGGAUUCCCCUUUCUCUUUGGGGCAAUAAUUCUGCUCGUUCCGGCUGCUCUUAUUGGGUGGAUAGAAAUCUCGGACACUACACCCGAAUAUGGUCACUUUACAGAUGCUUCCUGAUUCCCCCACGCAAGGCUAAACACUGAGUCACCAAAAGAAAAUUAUUUGUGUGGCUGAGCAAACCGGUCGGAAAGCUGCUGCUUAUUCUGCUGGGACAAUUUGACCAAUGAGCGUGAGAGAUCUCUAAGGUUCUUGCUUAUUUAAAGUUCCAAGUAGCUGGAAAUCGUGGCUUUAAUCAGCCAGUAAAAACAUGAUCCUGCCAGCAGUGAUAGCUCCUCAUGGUCCUGCUGGCUCGGCCUGUCUGGGAAAACACAAGCAAUUUUAAAAAUAAAAGAGUAGAAAGAGAUGCUGCUGAUGCCCAUUUGCAGGUGACAGAGGAGUGAAAACUAACGGGCCAUGCUGGGUGGCCCAUGGGGGGAUGUGCUCUCCUGCUGACGGGUUGUGGGUGAUGCCAGGGGGCAAAUUCCCCUCUGAACAGAGUGAGCUCUACCCUGUUGAGCGGCCAAUAAGCCAUUAGUAUGGAAAAAGAAACUUGCGACCAAAUGCACCUCUCCCUCCAGGAAGAGAUGGCCCCUGAAGGGCAGAACGGAAGUAGGGGAAGCCCAGCACUGGCUGAAUAGACUGUAGAGGGAGGGAGGCAGGCCCCUGGCCCCCAUCUGCACCAGGAUAACAGACCUGUUCUGCACGUUACUGCUCAGGCCAGGCUCUUGUAGCAGUGCUGAGAGUGAGAAACAAGUCUUCCCAGGAGCGUGUGUGAGCCUGGAGGGACAUUCUCCCUUCCCGCCUGUCUAGCUGCAGAACCCAUUCGUUGGGCCUGUUGGAAGCACUCAUGGCAGUGCACACAAGUCCCAUGGAGCUCGGCUGUUCUCCACUGGCAGAUGGGUGUUAGCAUCAGCUGCAGUGCAGUGUGUGCCGCAGAGGAGAAGCUGAUGGGGGACGUGCCAAGGCAAGUAACCUUGUGCCCUUCCGCUAGUGCCCUACAGCCCAGGAUUUCAGAGUUCUUUGUAAAGGUGGGCACCUGAGGUAGACGGGUUAAAGCUAAACCUGUCCCUGCAUCCAUAACUGUGGGCACCUAGGUUCAAUAACUGUGGAUUAAGUGACUUCCCAAGGCCACAGAGUAAGUGAAUGGCAGAGGCAGGACCAAUCUCAUCCCAUCACUAGGCUGAGCUGGGUGGGGGAGCAGGGCAGGGGGUGUAUUUGCAGGGGGAAAUCAUAUGUUCUGUGGGAUGUACUCUUCUGUUACCGAACUGACUGCUGCUCCUCUUCCCAGAGGGUGGCCGGUGCCCUCAUGUCUUCACGUUGUCACUCGCUCAGCUAUCCCUGCUGGGGUAGUGCCACCUCUCCCCAGCCCACGGUGUUCAAAGCCUUCACAGGUGUUCUUCUAACAGCUAUUAAACUUGUUUCCAUGUGAAUAUAUGAUCUGCACAGUAACUAAGUGGCACUGCUGAUAACAAACCCCUUAUGCAAGGCUCCGAGAAGUUCCCUGCG